GCCAGCUUACAACUUGCUAAAGAAUCACACAUCAAGUUAUGAAUUGAGAUUAAUCGACUAGUGCAGUCACACAAUAGUCAAGACUACAACUAGAAUUAUUAUUAUUAUAUUAUCAGCUAUGAAAUAAUAUAAGAAGAUUUAUAAAUGUGAUCUCAUUAAGCAUGAAAAUUGGCAAACAGUAGAUAACAUAUUAGUUGUAGGUCAGUGUCGGUUCGGUGAUAGUCGGUGUUAGCUGUCAGAAGUGAAUUUGGUUUGUUUUUUUUAUAUUUUUUGUCCAGUUCUAGUGAUUGGCUUGAGCGUGUGUCCAGGAAAGGUUUAAUAUUUGCGUUAUUAGAUAUUUUUGUUUUAUUUGUGAAAAUUCUGUUAUCUUAACAAAAUACAAAACCUUGAGAUAAUGGACUAUUGUGUCUACGACUGUGACGUCGGAAGUGACGAUGCUUGGGGACUAUUGAUGCUAAUACGUGCAGAGGCCUUGAAAAAGUUAAAAAUUCUGGGUGUAACGUGUGUCAGUGGCAAUACGACUGUUGACAAUGUUUGCAAAAACUCCUUGAGGAUAUUGAAAGCAGCCAAGAGGGAAGAUAUUCCAGUUCACAAAGGUGCAUUCGGUCCACUUAUUCCUCCUAAGCCUGGAAACCAAUUCUGUACUUUCCAUGGAACUGAUGGUUUUUCGGAUUUGGAUUUUGAACCCUUUGAACAUAAAGAACUUGUGCAUCAAAAACAUGCUGUAGAAGCAAUGUACGAAUAUUCAAAAAAGUAUCCUAAAGAAGUGACAUUUAUUUUGGUGGGGCCACUGACAAAUUUUGCUUUGUGUCUCAGUAUGUAUGAAGAUUUUGCGGAAAAUGUUAAAGACGUAUUUAUUAUGGGAGGAAACUUCAAAGGAGUUGGAAAUGCAACCAGAAGUGCAGAAUUUAAUUUUUAUAAAGAUCCAGAAGCAGCAAAAAUUGUACUUGAGAAAACCAAGUGCCGUAUAACAAUACUUCCAUGGGAACCGUGUAUGGAAGAAAACUUCGGUAUAUCGAUGGAUUGGCGAAUAAAUGAACUAGCAAGUCAAAGUAGUUGUCCUGUUGUUAAAAUGCUGACACGAAUUGAAGAAGCUCAAUAUAUUCCACAAGGAUUCAAUAGCUGGUGUCCGUGUGAUGCAUUGUUGGUAGCUGCAUAUUUAUUUCCCAAAGGAAUGAUUAAAAAACAAUCAAAUUGGCAUGCAACUGUUGAGGUGUGUGGGGAACAAACCCGAGGACAAAUGGUAUUGGAUCACCUACAGAAUCCAGAUAAUCCACAAAAUGUUGACCUCAUCGAACAACUUAAUAGUGAAUAUUUUAAAUUGGUCUCACUUUGGGCAGCUGGAGCUAUUGAUGAUUGCAAUGGAGUCUAAAAAACAUAUCAUAAAUUAUUUGUUACAUGUUAAAUCUAAACGUACCAAUGUUAUAUUAUUUGUUAAAUUAACUAAAAAACCAUAACCUUAAACAAAAUAAAAUACUUUUUAUGUGAAAUAUAAACAAACAUAACCAAGAAUUUAGAAUAUUGUCGGUUUUGCUUUCUUGGUACUCUAUCAAGUUCAAAAAAUGGCUAUAACAAAAGACCUAUACAAAUAAAGUGUCUAGAUUAAUUUAAUAUUUUUAUAUUUACUUGAUUUUCCAAAAUAAAAUGGUAGCGCCGAUUCACAAGUA